CAAGUUGACACUUGUUCGGCGGGCUUUAUUUAGUUCUCCCAUUUUGAUCACACACGCUAAAUAGCGAUAAACAGAAAGGGACGAUGAACUUUUCAGAAUUAUUUCGACAGUCGCGUCAACUAAGUAAAUUUUCACCCGAUGGAAAAUAUUUGGCGUCGACUGUUGACUACAGACUGAUGGUUCGCGAUGUGGACACCCUACAGAUACAGUGUCUGUUUUCCUGUCUUGACCACAUACAACACUUUGAGUGGUCCCCUGACUCUGAGUUCAUCUUGUGUGCAAUGUAUAAGAGAGGUAUGGUGCAGGUGUGGUCGAUAGAGCAGCCCGACUGGCACUGUAAGAUUGACGAAGGUUCGUUCGGGAUGCUCGGCGCACAGUGGAGUCCCGAUAGCCGGAACAUCCUUACCACGGCAGAAUUCCAUUUGCGAAUCACAAUUUGGUCUCUUGCCACGCUUUCUGUGUCUCACAUUCGUUACCCAAAACAGAUUGACAAAAACGUCGAUUUCACCCUUGAUGGGAAAUACAUGGCGCUAGCAGAACGAAGAAACUGUAAAGAUUUCAUCAGUUUGUUCGCCUGUAACACCUGGGAACUCGUUAAGCACUAUGAGACAGAGACAGAAGACAUGGCUGGGUUGAAAUUUUGUCCGGACGGACUCAGUUUGAUUCUGUGGGACGACUGCAGAUUUAACAAGUUGUUGGUGUAUUCUCUAGACGGACGUUGUCUGAGAACGUUCAGUCCAUACGAAUAUCGACUCGGGGUGAAAUCCGUGGCCUGGUCACCGUCAGGGCAGUUUCUAGCGGUGGGCUUUUUCGACGAAAAGGUUCGGAUCCUGAAUCACAUCACAUGGAACAAAAUUGCAUCAUUUUCUCAUCCAGCCAGCCUGAAAUCAACGGAAAUUGUAGUUUUCAAGGAGACAGAGAGUCGAUGUCCACAACCGAACACCGACUUAUCAAACUCAUCUGUCACGCUCUUUAACAGUCAGAGUAAAUAUGAGGUUGUGUCUACACCACUGAAGUUGCCAGUUGUCUCCCCUAACGGUGACAGUCCGAUGUUUGGAAUAGGAAAAGUUGAGUUCAGCGCUGACAACAAGUAUAUGUUCACACAGAAUGACAACAUGCCGACCGUUAUUUGGAUUUGGAGUAUCAGGAAGAUGGCGUUAUCUGAAGUUCUUGUACAUAGCUCUCCAGUCAGAUGUGCGAUGUGGGACCCUGUUGGUUCGUGUCUGGCGUUGUGUACGGCUAACAACAAACUGUACAUGUGGUCGCCUAACGGCUGUCUGACGGUGCAGGUCCCAACAGAAGGAUCUUUCACAGUGCAUUCCGUCAAGUGGCAUCCCAGCGGUAAAAUUCUCCUCAUGCAGAGCAAGGAUCAGAUGUGUGUGUGUUUCCUGUCGACUGCCACCAACGACAAAACUACAGAAGUGGAAUCAUGAACUUGUGAUCAUACAAAGUGUUACCUGUGAUAAAUAGUCUAAACCUUAAACAGGACUACAGUCUGAGUCAAGUCAUAUGAUAGAAAAACACAGCUGUGAUGAAUUUAGUUUUCAUUUAUUCAGAAAUCUAUCAUUCAUGAAAAUAUUCAUUGACUUUUCAUUCAUCUGUCCUUCAAGUACUAAAAUCUCAUGCUAACUAUGGUUUCUGCUUAGGGGGCCAUCCAUAAAGUAUGUACACCAAGAGGGGGGGAAAGAGUUCAGAAAUUACAUGCGUAAGUGUACAGUGGGGAGCGAGGUUCGCUCACAGAGUACAUAUGCCAGAAUUUUUUUUUUUAAUUGGUGUAAAAUAUAUGCAUUUCAAGCUUCUGAUUGUAUCCAAUAUACACAUACUUUUCAGGAUUGAAGAUAACUGUACAUAGGAUGAGGGGUGUGUGUGUAAUUAUCAAAUGUAUGAACUCACUACCUACCAGCUGUUAGUCUGAUGACAAAUUCAUUUGGCAUUUACAAGAGUUGAUUAAUUCAUUUGUUCGUAGUGGUUAUAUUCAUGGAUGUUCCAUUAAUCCAGCCAUCUGUCACUCUUGGUAAUAUUCAUGGACUUUUCAUUCAUCUUACCAUCUGUCACUCUUGGCUGAUAUUUUUAGGCAGCAUACUUUAUCAUUAUGUUGAGAUGCUCAAUUACUAUACUACUCAAAAAAAAGUUGUCGGCAGUGCAGAUAAAAAUAGAAGUGAUCAGAAUGAUCGGUAACUGUUAAAAUGGCCUUGCAUAUCAUAGAUAUGUUGUGUUGCCCACUCAGAUACAUAUUUUACUCAGUAUUCGUACAGACCUAAAUGUCAGCCAUACAAGAAAUGUCUUCAUGUAUCAUUGCAUCAUCCACUCGUGUACAGUGAAACCCCUCUAAACCGGACCCUCUGUAUACCGGAAUUCCUUCAAAACUGCAUGUUUUUGAAGGCCCAUUUUUAAGUAUCAAUACAGAACCUCUCUAAACCAGAUACCCCUUAAAACAAAAUGUUUUACUUGGUCCUGGGGGUGUCUGGUUUAGAGGGGUUUUACUGCAUAUGCUUUACACAGUAUUCUUACAGACCUAAAUAGCACAGUGGUUAAGUUAUCAGGUUUAAAGCAGGAAAACAUCUGGUUCAAAUCCCGGUACCAGCUCCAAACAACAUGUAUGAAAAUGAAAAAUUAACAUUACUAUCAAAACCGUCCAAAAGUUUUUUUCACCACCAUUGAUGUGUUUGUAUUUUAAUAUCUCAUACAUUCCAGUGUUAAAACUGAUGUUUGGGUUUCUGUAUUAUCUGCAAGCAUUUCCAAUUAAUCUAAUAAAUGUAAUUCUAUAUUUUUUAUUAAUCUUACAAUAUGUACAUUAUAUUUGUAGAAUUGUAUAAAGUAAUAUUGCUAUUAAACAUCAUGGGCCGAAUUUACGAAGCCUGUUUUUUGUAAACGCAGGUGUUUAAACAUUGUAAAUGUACGCAGGUGUUUAAACAUUGUAAAUGUAAAUAGUUACAGGCUUUGUUAAUUUGGCCUCAUUUGUUUAUGUGUAAUUACAUGUAUUAAAUUAUUUUUGUAAUUUUACUGUGUCUAUAAAACACUUGUGUAUGUGUGCACUGGUAUGACUUUAGUGAGAGGGGACACUUUGUUCAUCGUGCUCCUUCCUAUCCUAAUAAAUUAAGGGAGCGGGGAUUGGGGGCUCUUGCUGUCAUUAGGGCUGUACUCUUUGAUGUAUUAUAUAGCCAAACAACCUAUCCCCCCUAAAAAAAAAAAAAAAAAAAAAAAAAAAAAUUAAAAAUUAAAAUAAUAAUAAUAAAAUUGUGUUCCUGCCAGGGUGUGUGUACCGAUAAGUCAGACCUUUGAAAAUUGCACAGAAUAUAAUUUUGUUUGCCCAUCUUUCAUUGAUGUCUUAAUUUUCAUUUUCACGUUAGCUUCUAAAGAACAUCUACAAGGUCACAAUAGAUGUAGACUAUGAAGAAAAAAAAAAGGCUGUGUAACCCAAAAAUUGAGGGGCAAGACGUAACCCAGUGGUAAAGCGCUCACCUAAUGCGUGGUCGAUUGGGCUACUUCUCAUUCCAGCCAGUGCUCCAUGACAGGUGUAACAAAGGGAUGUGGUGUGUGCUAUCCUGUGUGGAAU